UCACACGUAACCAUGUUCUAAUGAAUUUGGAGAAUAUUGAUCCAAAGCAAUAUGAUAUCCAAGUUGGCGAUAGCCCCUUUUCAUGUCCACAACUAAUGCAAUUAAUAUCUCAUCGACAAUCCUUUAAUGGGGCAUUUCCCUCUAUGCAUUUAUUUUAUUGUUCUUCCCCCAAGAAAAAAAAUGUUCUCCAUUUUUUGUUUCUUUAAAAUUCACUCCAAACAUUACUGGAUGGGUAUGGUAUCUAGAGGCCGGAAGGCUUUGGUUGUGUGGUUUAUGUUUGCAACUUUGUUGGGCACCUUGGCAAGCACAGAGGGGUUAACAGUUUUUGCUGCAGACAACAACUUUGUCAGUAUUCACAAUGGUAAUGGUAAUAGAAGGAAAUUGGAUGAUAUAGCCGGUUCCAUAAGUAUCGAUUGUGGGAUAGCUGAAGAUUUCAGCUACAUCGACAGGACGACUGGGAUCCCUUACAUUUCAGAUUCUACUUUCAUUGACACUGGAAUAAACAAGGUCAUUUCUGCCAGGUUCAUUUCUCAAACUCUUCAAAGGGCACUUUUGAAUGUAAGAAGUUUUCCUAAAGGAAAGAGGAACUGUUAUACCCUUAGACAUCCUGAAGGCAAAGCGACCAUAUAUUUGAUUAGGGCUUCCUUCAUGUAUGGGAACUAUGAUGAAUCUGAUCGGUUGCCAGAAUUCAGUCUCUAUGUUGGUGUCAAUUUUUGGGACACUGUCAAGUUUGACAAUGCAUCCCAUGUUGUUAUAAGGGAGAUUUUACAUGUACCUUUGAUGGAUACAAUUGAUGUUUGUCUCUUGGACACUGGCUUGGGAACUCCUUUCAUAUCAGCAUUGGAGCUGAGACAUUUCCAUAAUUCCAGUUAUAGAACUCAAUCUGGAUCCUUGGUUCUUUUCAAACGGUUUGAUAUUGGUUCAACAACUAAUCGAAUAGUCAGAUAUAAAGAGGAUGCUUAUGAUCGAAUGUGGUUUCCUUACAACAUUCCAUCUUCUGUCUCAAUUAACUCCUCUUUUACCAUUGACUCGCUGAAUGACAAUGAAUAUAAACUACCAUCAACGGUUAUGAAGACAGCUAUGAGACCAUUGGAUGUUAAUGACUCCCUGGACUUUGAGUUGGAUACCGGUGAUCCUAGUUUAGAAUUCUAUGUGUACAUGCAUUUUGCCGAACUUGAGAAGCUGCAACGUAACCAGCAUAGAGAAUUUGAUGUUGAGCUGAAUGGGAACAUUUGGGCAAAAUCUAUUGUUCCAGAAUAUCUGCACUCUAAAACUAUAUUUACAAAUGAUUCUGUGCGAGGAACCAAGCUCAAGUUUUCUCUUUAUAGGACAAUUAAUUCUACCCUCCCUCCCAUUCUCAAUGCUAUGGAGAUAUACCUAGUAAAGGAUUUCUUACAGGAACCAACAGAUCAAGAAGAUGUUAAUGCUAUCAAGGAUAUCAAGUCGAGCUAUCGUAUAGUUAAAAGCUGGCAAGGAGAUCCAUGUGAACCAAUGCGAUACUCUUGGGAUGGCCUAAAUUGCAGUUAUAACGGUUAUGAGUCCCCGAGAAUAACCUCCUUGAAUCUGGCAUCAAGUGGAUUGACUGGCCAUAUAUCACCUUUAUUUUCCAAAUUUACGACAUUAGAAUACCUGGAUUUAUCAAACAAUAGCUUAACAGGAGAAGUUCCUGACUUCCUUUCGCAAUUGGUCAACUUGAGGGAACUGAAUUUAUCACGUAAUAAACUCUCUGGUUUGGUUCCUGCAUCUCUCAUGGCCCUAUCAAAGAACAGUUCAUUGACAUUGAGUUUGGAUGGAAAUGUGGACCUUUGUCUGACUGCACCAUGCAAAGAGGAGAAGAAGAAGAAGAAGAAUAAUAUUGUUGUUCCACUAGUUUCAGCCCUUGUUCCAUCACUAAUCAUCCUGGCUGCUCUAAUUAUUAUUUGGCGCUGCAAAACAAAACAAAGUAUACAUCAAGGUCAAGCAACAGUUGUAAAAUCACACAAGAGAGAAGGACUACUGAAGUCAAACAAUCAACAAUUUACCUAUUCUGAAAUAGUGAGUAUGACAAAAAAUUUUCAGUCAUUAAUUGGAAAAGGAGGAUUUGGAAUGGUAUAUCAUGGCUACUUGAAUGAUGGAACCCAAGUUGCUGUCAAAAUGCUAUCCACAUUGUCAAAUCAAAGCUCUUCGCAGUUUCAAAAUGAGGCUCAGCUCUUGAUGCGAGUUCAUCACAGGAAUUUAGCUUCCAUUAUAGGAUACUGCAAUGAAGGCGGAAAUAUGGGAAUAGUUUUUGAAUACAUGGCUUAUGGAAACUUAGAAAAUUAUCUAUCAGAUAAAACAAAAGUCCUAAGUUGGAAAGAGAGACUUCAGAUUGCAGUUGAUGCAGCACAAGGGCUAGAGUACCUGCAUCAUGGUUGCAAGCCACCUAUAAUUCAUAGAGACGUGAAGACAGCAAACAUCUUAUUGAACAAAAAUCUGCAUGCUCAGCUAGCCGAUUUUGGUUUCUCGAAAUUGUUCCCACUGGAAACUGUUAGUCAUUUAUCAGCUACUGUAAUUGGCACAGUAGGCUACCUUGAUCCAGAGUACUACAUUUCCCAAAGGUUGACUGAGAAAAGCGAUGUGUAUAGUUUUGGAAUAGUGGUAUUGCAACUAAUCACAGGCCACCCUGCAGUUAUAAAAAGCCAUGACAACAUUCAUAUUGUUGAAUGGGUUCGUCCAAUCCUCACAAGAGGUGACAUAAGAGAUAUUGUUGAUCCGAGUCUUGAAGGAAAUGUCAACAGUAAUUCUGUCUGGAAGGCACUCGAAAUAGCAAUGGCAUGUGCUGGAUCCAAGUCCAUUGAAAGGCCAACUAUGAAUGAUGUGGUGGUGGAUCUAAAGCAGUGCUUGGAGAUGGCAAAUGAUAUCAGACACACUUGGGAAAUUGGAAGCCAAACCAUGCAAUCAAUUGAUUACUCCGGGGCAAAUUGUACGGAGCUUGAAAUGGGUCCCCCAGCGAGGUAGUAGUCAAGGACUGCACAACUUGUAUUGUAUAGUAGUAGUCUGCUUAAUUGGAAACCUGUUGAAUGGCCUAUUUUAUCAAGUACUUAUAAAGCUUUUUUUUUUUUUUUUAAUUGUUUUUUGUAACUCAAUGAAAACAAUUUUUCAUUUUUAUUUUUUGAAAAAUAAGAAUAAACAACAAAAUAUGAGUA